CAGCAGGUUUUCGUUUUAGAAGCGAAAAGUCCCCGCGCGGCCGCUCGCUCCAGCACACAAACUGCACGGUAACUUUUUUUUAACAUCUUUUCUCUCCGCACGCACUGGAGCUGAGGGACUUUAUACUGACCGGAAAUCAUUCACACUGCAGACUACAGACGCGGAGACUCCUGCUGGACACACACACAAACACACAAACACACACACACACACACACACACACACACACACACAGACACACACACACACACACACACAUAUCGAAUCUGUGCGUAUUUUACUGCUGAACGUUCCGUUUGGUCUCAUCAUACUGUCCCUUAUACGUGCGCGCGCUGUCAGGUGCUAGAGAAGGAUACACACACGCACGCACGCACACACGCACACACAUACACGCAUGCACACACGCGCGCGCACUCAUGCACAUUGAAGCUCGAGGAUGACAGAUGCACGCGGGCGGCAGGACUCUUCACCGUCACUCUCCGUCGCUGCGCGCGUGUUCAUACAUGUGAGUUGUGUUAUUGCGAGUAGUGAGUUGGACGGCGCGAGCGUGCGGUAGGUGCGCGCGCUCAGCUUUGCAGGAUUAUUCAACUUUUCCCACAUUUUUUUCAAAUCUCGGCUUCGUAUUUGGAACGACACUGACCCACCGAGCGCCCGUCUCUCUCUCUCUCUCUCUCUCUCUCUCUCUCUCUCUCUCUCUCUCUCUCUCUCUCUCUCUCUCUCACACACACACACACACACACACACACACACACACACACACACACACACACACACACAGUGCGCUGCAGCGGGACCGUGAGAUCAAUCGCCUGUUCGGAGGAACUUCAUCUUCACCAGGUCAAGAGAAGAACCAGAGAGAGUAAAAACAAACCAGGGAAAAGGAAUAAAGAGAGAAAAGAUGUGUGUGUGGAGCAUGGCGGUGUGUUUGGCGGCGUUGCUCGCGUUCCUCAGGGUCGGCGGGUCGCACGCGCAGCUUUGCCCGGCUCAGUGCUCUUGCGUCGGGACCACCGUGGACUGUCACGCGCAGGGACUGCGGAGCGUUCCGCGAGACAUCCCGCGUAGCACCGAGCGACUUGACCUCAACAACAACAACCUGACCAAAAUCACGAAGGCCGACUUUGCAGGGCUACGAAAUCUCCGAGUGCUGCACCUGAUGGAGAACAGGAUCAGUGUAAUUGAGCGAGGAGCAUUUCAGGACCUGAAGGAGCUGGAGAGACUGCGCCUGAACAGAAACAGUCUGCAGGUUUUUCCAGAGCUGCUCUUCGUCACGACAACCAAACUGAACAGACUGGAUCUGAGUGAGAAUCAGAUCCAAGGCAUUCCGAGAAAAGCGUUCCGUGGAGCUACGGAGAUCAAAAACCUGCAGUUGGAUUAUAAUCAAAUCUCAUGUAUUGAAGACGGAGCAUUUAGAGCUCUGCGGGACCUGGAAGUGCUAACACUGAACAAUAACAAUAUAUCUCGCUUGUCAGUGGCCAGCUUUAACCACAUGCCCAAGCUCAGGACAUUUCGCCUUCACUCCAAUAAUCUUGUCUGUGACUGUCAUGUGUCCUGGCUCUCUGAUUGGCUGAGACAGAGGCCCCGCCUCGGCCUCUACACUCAGUGCAUGGCUCCACCCUCUAUGAGGGGACACAACGUCGCUGAGGUUCACAAGCGAGAGUUUGUCUGUACUGGCUCUGUGUCUCACUCCUCCUGCAGUGUCCUUCAGUGUCCUGAGUUUUGUUCCUGCAGUAAUAAUGUAGUUGACUGUAGAGGAAAAGGUCUGACUGAGAUUCCGACCAACCUUCCUGAGACCAUCACAGAGAUUCGUCUGGAGCAGAACUCCAUUAAGAUCAUCCCACCUGCAGCCUUCACACCUUACAAACGUCUCAGGAGGAUUGAUCUGAGUAAUAAUCAAAUAUCAGAAAUGGGUCCAGAUUCCUUUCAAGGCCUUCGCUCUCUCAACUCACUGGUUUUAUAUGGGAAUAAAAUCACUGAACUUCCUAAAGGCCUGUUCGAUGGACUCUUCUCUCUACAGCUACUGUUACUGAACGCAAAUAAGAUCAACUGUUUGCGUGUGGACGCCUUCCAGGACCUGCAGAACCUCAACCUGCUCUCUCUGUACGACAACAAGCUACAGACCAUCGCUAAGGGGACAUUCGCAUCGCUGCGUGCCAUCCAGACACUACACCUGGCCCAGAACCCUUUUGUGUGUGACUGUCAUCUGAAGUGGCUGGCUGAUUACCUGCAGGAGAACCCAAUUGAGACGAGUGGGGCGCGAUGCACCAGCCCACGUCGGCUCGCCAACAAACGCCUCGGACAGAUAAAGAGCAAGAAAUUCCGCUGCUCUGCUAAAGAACAGUAUUACAUACCAGGUACUGAGGAUUACCGCACUAAGCUGAGUGGAAGUUGCUUUGCCGAUCUCGUGUGUCCUGAGAAGUGUCGCUGCGAGGGAACAACCGUCGACUGUUCAGGACAAAAACUCACCAAGAUACCUGACAGCAUCCCACAAUACACUGCAGAGCUACGUUUAAACAAUAACGAGUUUACCGUGUUGGAGGCAACGGGCGUGUUCAAGAAACUCCCACAACUCCGCAAGAUGUGA